AUGGAAGACGCUGCAGCCAACGGCCAUCUCUCAGGCCCUGACUCCCCUUCGGACGCAGCCAAGAAGCGCCUCUCAAUGAAUGGUCAAUCCCCCAUCGGAUCUGAGCGUGGCAACUCGCCCAACGGUGGAAAUCGAGCAGCCAAGUUGAUGGCUUCCGUGUCUUCUCUUCCAUCAGGAGGCACCAGCAUGGCCUCGGCGCCCUCGGAGGACUCGCUGCCCGCGCGCACAUCUUCGCAGCAUUCUCCCGUCUCGCCGGCUGUGCUGGGCGAUGACCUCAGUGGGAGCGGCGUGCUCGACGGCGCGGACAAGGAGAGCUCGAUCAAGGCGCGCAUCGAACGUAAGCGUCUCGAGCACGAACGUCAACGUCUCUUGCAACGUCAAGCCUUCGAAGAGCAGAUGAAGAUGUUGGAGCGCCAGCAGCUAGAGGAAGAGGCCAAUCUGCUGCGUCAAGAGGGCACCUUGGCGCCUGGACAAGGUCGAACAGCUUCCUCGGUCAACUUUGCGGCCGCUUCUGCUCCCUCGACUCCUCCUUACUCGGAUCGUCUGGCCUUUGCCUCGCGUGCAGGCGGGGCUGCCCCGGCUGCUGCUCCUUCUAGUCUGCGCGGCAGUCGAGUCGCCAGCCCCAAUCCGCUCGGCUCGGGACUCAAUGAUCUCAAUGACACCGAGGACGGCUUGAAUGGCAGCAAUGUGCCUGGUCUCCCUCCCCUCAACAAUGUCCGCUCCGUCCCUUCCACACGCCGCACCAGCCGUGAGGUUAAGCCUAGCCAGCUGGGCCCGCACCAGGAUGUCGCUCUGGCUCCCGUCCCCUCGAGCGGGCCUCGUCGCAGCAUGCCCGGGCCUGGCGACCUGGCCAGCUCCUUCAAUCGCAUGGCCCUUUCCGGCGGUGGCGCACGCCCGGACGGCCAGGUUCAACAGCCCGGCAACGCACCCAACGCACCCACUGCACCCGCUGGCUCAGGCUUCCAACGUCUCCUCUCCAAGACCGGCGUGGACACGAGCAGCGAUGCACAGGGAGGUGUCAACACGGGCAUGACCCCUGUCUUCAACGAGCGCUUCCUCUUCGACGACGAGCUCGACGCAGAGGACUCGGCAUUUGUCCGCAAGUACAAUCUCUCUGGCGAUGACGACAAGUUCCCACUGCUCCGUGGAGACAAGUUCCAAGAGAUGCCCAACCACCACUCUCAGCUCUCCACCUCCUCUGCUGCUCUGGAUCUCGCCCCACUCAGCCAGACCGAGGGGCGACGUGGGCCGGCAGGAGACGGAGCGCCUCACCUCUCGGAGUGGCCGCAGUUUGACAAGCAGGCGGGUGGGCGUGGCCGAUCGGAGCGCACCUCGCCGCACGGUACAGCCUUGGGCGCUCGUCCUUCCCCACUCGGCAUGCCUACGUCUGGCAGCGCGCAGGGCCUCUCCACCUCGGCCAAUGCUACCAGCCCCGUCGCUCGCUUUGCCAGCAACCCAGGCCAGCAAGGUGGAGCAGGCUCAGGCUUCAGAGCUGCCUCUGGAGGGCGCGGCUUCGCAGGCGGGGACCGCUCCUUCCCUUCCUCCUUUGGCAACGGCGGUCCCACAUCUCGCCUUCCCAGCAGCGGCGCUCCCGUCCCUUCAUCUCAGCAAUCGUCACGCCCCACAUCGGGCUUCUUCCAGGCCUUUGGCAACGGUACAGGCGUCGACUCGGCCUUCCGUGGCGAUUCGAACACUAUCAUGACGACGGACCCUGCUCUCGACCCACCCGGCCGCAAGGGAGAGCUCGACGUCAACACUCGUCUCGAGGACUUGAAGGGCGAGAUCUUCACCCUCUGCAAAGACCAACACGGCUGCCGCUACCUGCAAAAGAAGCUCGAGGAGGGCGUCCCCGCGUAUCGCGACAUGAUCUUCACCGAGACUUUUGCGCACUUUGCCGACUUGAUGACGGACCCAUUUGGCAACUACUUGUGCCAGAAGAUGCUCGAGCAUUGCACUGAUGAGCAGAGGAACUGCAUUGUGGAGAGCGUAGCCAACGAGCUGGUGACCAUCUCGUUGAACAUGCACGGGACGAGAGCGGUGCAGAAGACGAUUGAUUUCUUGUCGACGUCGAGGCAGAUUCACUCGAUCAUCCUCGCGCUGGGCAUGAAUGUGGUGACGCUGAUCAAGGACCUCAACGGCAACCAUGUCAUCCAAAAGUGCCUCAAUCGUCUGAGCGCCGAGGACAAUCAAUUCAUCUACAAUGCCGUGGCUGCACAUUGCGUCGAGGUGGCCACGCACCGGCACGGUUGCUGCGUCCUGCAGCGUUGCGUCGAUCACGCUUCGGACCAGCAGCGUGUCCAGCUCGUACAGGAGAUCACCUACAACGCCUUGACGCUGGUGCAGGAUCCCUUUGGCAAUUACGUCGUGCAAUACAUCCUCGAUCUCAAUGACGCCCGCUUCACGGAGGCUAUCAUUCGCCAAUUCAUCGGCAACAUCUGCCUCCUCUCGGUGCAGAAGUUCUCCUCCAAUGUCAUCGAGAAGUGCAUCCGCGUCGCCGACGCCAAGCUGCGUCAACUCCUCGUCGAGGAGCUCCUCAACCGUGCGCGAUUGGAGAAGUUGCUCCGCGACUCCUUUGCCAAUUACGUGGUGCAGACUGCGCUCGAUUACUCGGAGCCGCUCCAGCGGGCGCAGCUCGUCGAGUGUAUCCGUCCCAUUCUGCCCAUGAUCCGCAACACGCCGUACGGGAAGCGCAUCCAGAGCAAGCUGCAGAGGGACACCUUCGACCCCUCGGCUGGCCCUGCGGGAAUGGGUGGGCCGAUGGGUGGGAUGGGCAUGGGUGUUGGUGGUCACGCAGGGCUCGCAGGAGUCCCCUACCACGUUCUCCAGGCCGCAGCUCACCAGCAGCAUCUCCAGGCCAUGGCUGCUAUGCAGGCGCAGGCUCAUCAUGGGGGACAGGGACGCUAUCCCAUGGACUACGGUGGGUACGGGAGGGGUAACCCGUACAGCGGCGGUGCGACUGGUCCCUACCCUAGCGGGCCGGCUGCUGCCGGGUACGGCGGGGGACGGGGCGGAGGUGGAGGGGGACACGCCCUUCCGGCUCCUCACCAGCUGUACGGCGGCAACGAUCGUGUCAUGAGCGGGCACGGACACGGACACGGCCACGCCGGCGGUGGGAUGGGCAUGAAUCGCUUUCCCUCCGGCGGCGGGCCUACCAGCGGGUAUGGCGGCGGCGGUGGCGGCGGUAUGGGUGGGGGCUACGGCAAUGCUGCUGGUGGGUACGGAGGCGGCUAUGGCGGACAUCAGCAAGGCAACGCGCACGCGCACGCUCACGCAGCCAAUGGACCCCUCAAUCCCUCUACCUCGACCGGCUCCGUAGGCGGAUUUGGGCAGGGUGGGCCGGGCUUCUAA